AUGUGGAGUGACGGCGAGCUCAGUCCGGCGCCCGCGGACCACAGCGACGGCAGCAUUAGCAUCAUGAGCAUAUGUCACGUCUUGUCAGGGAGCGUUCCGAUUGGUUCGUCUGCUCAAAGAAGUGACGAGCUGACAGACACAGCAGAUGUGCACUUUAUCACUCCCCCACUUUCUGUUGUGGAGAUGCAGCGGCACUUUGAUGAUAAGUUCCAGACAGACAGACAGACAGAGGGCAGCGGUGGGGGGUGCCAGUCAGAUGAAGAUGGAGCCAGCAGGGGGGGGGGGCAUGGGGGGCUCCUGAGGUCGCUGCUCCUGCUCCUGAGGUCGCGGCUCCUGCUCCUGAGGUGGCGGCUCCUGAGGUCGCGGCUCCUGCUCCUGAGGUCGCGGCUCCUGCUCCUAAGGUCGCGGCUCCUGCUCCUGAGGUUGCGGCUCCUGAGGUGCCGCUGCAUCAACAGUGUUUUAAAGCUCUCUCUCGUCGUUAUCCGGUCGUUUCCUGAACCCGUGUCCGUGUCGAGUGCUGUCUAA